AAAGGCAAGAGACAGGGGAGAAGAGAGGCAGACAACUGUGGAUGAGAGGAAGCCGUCAGCACCAUAGUCAACAUUAAUCACCCAGGGCCAUUGUGGUCCUGUCCUCUAUACGGCGCCAGCGCAGGCAGGCAGGCAGACAGAGAGAAAGAAGAAGAGAGGAAGAGGCAGAGGAAGAGGGGGCAGGGUGGCUGCAGGGCGAAAGAGGGGGAGAGAAUGGUUGGGGAUCAGCCUGUGUGUCCACCCCAGCUCCUGCUGCGGGGCUGGGGAGCAGUGCUGCUGUCUCAGUGCUUGUCCUCGGUGUCCUCCCAGGUCCCGGAUCCUGAGCUUUUACCCACAGAUCCCCCGAAGAAGCCGGACCCCGUCAACUCAGAGACCGUUGUUUUCUGGGGGCUGCGGUUAUGGCAGGUCAUCGCCAUCUUUUCUGUGUUUGUUUUAGCAGUUGUUAUCACUCUGUGUUGUAUUUUCAAAUGUCGAAUCCCGAGAACCAAAAAGGAAAUAGAGGCACGGCACGCGCAGAGACAGGCCGCCAAGAAAUACGCCAACACAUUAGAGACAGUGCCACCUCUGAAUGAGCUGACUGAGAUCCCAGGAUCUGCCCCAGAUGCUUCUGCAGUACAGACAGUCUCUGAGCAGAUCCAAACUCAAAGCACUAGCACCAGCCAACUCUCAGUAGUCAGGGUCAGCGAGGAGCAGCCCAGCUCGCUCACCUUGCCAGAGACGGGCUGAUUUUUUUCCCCUUCUUCUCUUCUGCUCUCAUCUUCUGUCAGACUCUCCUCUUGGCUAAGUGCACCGUGUAUACACUGCAAGCCACUCUAAAAGUCCUCUUAAUGCAACACCCAUCUAUCUGCUCCUCCUUAUUGCUAUAUUGCUGCAAGACAAAUUUCAAGCUAAUAAAAAUGCAACUCUCAUUCACCUGCUUACCACAUCACCUAUGGAACCUAUAGCUACACACCUUGAACU